AUGGAUCCUGUCAACCACACCUGGACCCAGAGUUUCAUCCUUGCUGGUUUCACUAUCAGUGGGACCCUACGACCUCUUGUUUUCUUGGGGACCCUGUGCAUCUAUCUCCUCACCCUUGCUGGGAACUUGUUCAUCAUUGUUCUGGUCAGAGCAGACUCUGGACUGUCCACACCCAUGUACUUCUUCAUCAGCGUCCUCUCUUUCCUGGAGCUCUGGUAUGUCAGCACCACAGUGCCCACGCUGCUCCGUACCCUGCUCCGUGGGUGCUCACCGAUCUCGUCGGCCGCAUGCUUUAUCCAGCUGUAUGUCUUCCAUUCCUUGGGCAUGACUGAGUGCUACCUGUUGGGUGUCAUGGCACUGGACCGUUACCUUGCCAUUUGCCACCCACUCCACUAUCAUGCACUGAUGAGCAGACAGGUACAGCUUUGGCUAGCUUUGGCCAGUUGGGUGGCUGGCUUCUCAGCUGCCCUUGUGCCAGCCAGCCUCACCGCCACUUUGCCUUUCUGCUUGAAAGUGGUGCUCCAUUACUUUUGUGACCUGGCACCACUAAUGCAGCUGGCAUGUGUGGACACAAGCUGGCACGCUCAGAUCUAUAUUGUAGUGAUUGGAAUGAUUAACAUAUGUGAUCUUGUUCUCAUUUUAGGACUCUAUGGGGGCAUCCUGAAAGCCGUACUAAAGCUGCCCUCAGCUGCUAGUCGUGCUAAGGCUUUCUCCACAUGUUCUUCCCACAUAACUGUAGUGGCACUAUUCUUCGGCUCUGCUUUCAUUGUCUAUGUGGGACCACCUGGGAUUCAAGCUGAGGGCAUAGAUAAAAUUAUUGCCUUGGUGUAUUCUCUUCUUACCCCUUUUCUCAAUCCCAUUAUAUACACCCUUCGUAACAAUGAGGUGAAGGAGGCUUCCAGAAGAGUGACCCAGAAGAUUAGUUUUGCUUUGAAGAGACUCUAA